CCACCCCUGCCCGUGAGCUUCUGAUCGGAUCAUCCCAUCGGAGAAGAAAAAGAAGUGAUCGCAGACGAGACAAUACACGAACCGGAAGCGAUGCAAGGAGGAGGAGAGGGAGACGUACCGCUCAUCACGGCUUCACCCAGCUUCCGCGUGACCUUUGAGGAGGCCUUCUCUGCCGUCCAUUGCGAGUCCUCGCAGCAAGAACCGCCGCCUCCGGACGACGGCGGGGACGAUGACUCCGACGUCGACGUCGACGACGACGACGACGACUUCGAAUUCGCCGUCGUUAUCAAGGACCCGGAGACCGGAGCCGCCAUGUACGCCGACGAGAUCUUCGCCGACGGCCGGAUCCGCCCCAUCUACCCCGUCUUCAACCGCGCCCUCCUCGACGACGACCGCCUCGGCAGCAGUGACGCGCCCGCGCCAGGGGAGGGGGAGGAGAAUACCUCGGCCUUGCGGGGGACACUCCGGCGGCUCUUGAUCGAGGAGCGGGCGGAGAAUCCCGCCUCGGCCUUGUCCUCCUCGUCCUCGUCCGCGGCGGCGGAGGAGCUCGAGGGCAUCCCCCCGGGGACGUACUGCGUAUGGGCACCGAGGUCGUCGGCGACGCCGUCGCCGUCUCGGUGCCGGAAGAGCAGAUCCACCGGGUCCUCGCUGAGGUGGCGGCUCCGGGACCUGGUGCUCGGGCGGAGCCACAGCGACGGGAAGGAGAAGUUCGUGUUCCUCGCGGCGGCGGAGAAGAAGGGCAAGGAAAGCCCUAGCCGCGGAACCAAGGUCGAGGCAGGAAAGGGCAAAGACGGGGGGGCGACCAAGACAAGAGGGAAGGCGGGUAAGGGCACCGAGGUGGAUGUAGUCACCGCCUACAGGAUAUAUUACGGGAAAGGCGGGCAGGCGACGAGGAGUGGCGCCGCCCGGCGGUCGUUCCUCCCGUACAAGAAGGACUUGGUUGGGCUCUUCGCCAAUGUGAAUGGGAUUACUCGUAGCCAUCACCCGUUUUAAUUUUUGUUUUCCCUACUCUUUUUGGGGCAGUGUAUUUUAUUUCCCUUCUUCCCUCCCCCUCCCCCCUUCUCUCUCUCUCUCUCUAGAUUAGGUUUUGGUUUUUAUUAUUUUAUUUUUGUUUUAUUUUGGUGUGGUUUGGAUGCCAUGUGGUAAUAUGAUAUGUGCAUGAUUAGAUGGUAGAAAGCAA